AUGGUCGGAAUCUCAUACCCGGCAAAGGGAUAUCGCAAAAUCGGUGGCCCUCGCCCCUUCUCGACCAUCGAGGUGUAUUACGAUCUUGAGAACAGGGAGGAUGGACAACCCAGUCCGUCAAGCUACACCAUCAACACCUACUUGCCAUCAGUUGAAAGCACAUCUCCCAACAUGCGUUUCGCGCCGGCAAAUUACUUCCGCAAGAAUCGGAACCGCCCAUUCUGGACCUCUUCAUCCACCGUCUUACCCACAAACGCGGCGGACGAAGAGAGAUUGUUGGCCCACACCAGUGAGCAGGAAGCGUCCGAGGAACGGAAAGAACGAAAGCCUGGGACGGGCCGAAGUGACAAUCGUAGGAAUGGGAACAACAUCAAAAUCAUCAUCACGGAACCGGAGCCGGUAGCCUCGCGACAUGGCAUAUCCCUCGAAUUCGACCCCCUCAGAUCCCAUCCAGUCAAUCUGGAUCGAGGUCCCAGCAUCAUUCAGUCAGGAACUUACCAAAAUCUGACUACGGAUCCCAGAAACGCAGAGUCCAACAAAACUGCGUCAAAUCGAAUCCAUCAACUCGACUCGGGUCCCAGGACGCUAGGGCCCAGUUCAGCCUCUAGAUCUCAUCGCCAUCAGCAUUUGCGGAAGUCGAGGAGGCCAACCCUUGGCAGCGUCAGCGGCAGGGAGGACCUGCGCGCUGUGUUCCAAAACGGGGAGUAGAUAUGGGGGUGGUGUGAUGUCGCUCGACGCUCAACAUCCCUUGGAGACCGCUGAUGGCGAGUUGGACCAUGGCGCAUAGCACGCUCAAGUACCGGUAGUGAUCCGGUCGGUUUGGAUCAUGAACCUGACGUAGUAUGGUUGGUGGGGACAGACCAGAACGUUGGGGAAUAUGGGGCCAACCAGCCCUAAGAGAUGUCCUGCGAAUUGAUAGAGAAAGCCUUAGACCUUCAAAUGAGACCAAGUCCAAAUAUGUUGGCGAGCGU